AUGGCAACCAAGAUUCUAUCUUUCCUAUUCUCUCUCAUUCUCAUUUUCUCACUCUUCACUUAUCCGUCACAGUCUCUCCUCCACCGUCGCCACCGUCAGCGCCGCCACCAUGACGGGCCAGAUGACUCUUUAUCACCUAGUGCUGUAACCUCUGCAGCUUCUCCAUCAAGAUCUCAACCCCCAAUUUUACUUGCGUUCUUGCAUUCCACCUUCUCCUUUGCGGCCUCUUCUUUUCCCUUGAUCAAUGUUAAACCGCCGACGUAUAAUUCCACCACCGCCACGGCUGGCGGUGGCCAAUGGGAGCUUUUGCAAGAGAGCGUCGGUGUUUCCGCCAUGCACAUGCAACUUCUGUACAAUAACAAGGUGGUGAUCUUCGACCGGACUGAUUUCGGGCCCUCCAAUCUCACUCUUCCUGCCGGAAAAUGCCGAUACAACGAUGAGUCCAUCAAAGAGGACUGCACUGCACACUCCCUUCUCUACGACAUCGCUUCCAACACCUACCGUCCACUCAUGGUGCAGACCGACGUCUGGUGCUCCUCCGGCGCUGUCAUACCCGAUGGAACCCUAGUCCAGACCGGCGGGUACCUAGCCGGCGACCAUAAAAUACGGUUUUUCUCUCCAUGGAAUGAUGAUCAAAGCGACUGGAUUGAACUGGAAGAGAAUUUAACAAUUCAAAGAUGGUAUGCUUCUGAUCAUAUAUUACCCGAUGGAAAUGUGGUCAUUGUUGGAGGCAGAAAGGCAUUUAGCUAUGAAUUUUUCCCCAAAGAUUCAAUCAAAAACAGCCAAAACAGUAGCGUUUUUUACUUCAAUUUCUUGAAAGAAACUACUGAUCCUAAAGAAGAGAACAAUCUUUAUCCAUUCUUGUAUCUUUUACCGGACGGAAAUCUAUUCGUUUUCGCAAAUCAACGCUCUGUAAUUUUAGAUUACGUGAAUAACAAGAUUGUUAAGGAGUUUCCGAUGAUAACCGGCGAGAAAAGGAGCUAUCCGGCGACGGGGUCGUCGGUAAUGUUACCAAUACGUUUAAACGCCAGCGGCGCAGAUGGGUCUCCGACGCCGUUGCCUGAGGUGGAGGUGUUGGUUUGCGGUGGUGCAAAGGGUGGCGCUUAUGUUAAGGCAUUGAAGGGAAUAUACGUGGCAGCUUCAAAAUCAUGUGGGCGUUUGCGGGUCACGGAUUCGGAUCCUCAGUGGGUUAUGGAAGAUAUGCCCAUGCGCAGGGUCAUGCCCGAUUCGGUGCUUUUACCCACGGGUGAUGUCAUUAUUCUGAAUGGUGCUGGAAAGGGCACAGCCGGGUGGGAAUGUGCGGUUGACCCAGUUUUGAACCCGAUUCUCUACAUCCCAACCGAACCUGACCCGAGUAAAAGAUUCAGUAUGCUCAACCCCACCACAAUUCCUAGACUGUACCACUCAACUGCUACUCUACUUCCAGAUGGAAGAAUACUAGUGGGUGGAAGUAACCCGCACGUACAAUACAACUUCUCGGGCGUGAAGUACCCUACAGACUUGAGUUUAGAAGCUUUCUCCCCGCCUUAUCUCGGCCAAGAAUUCGGUCUCAUCCGCCCAUCAAUUCUAUCGAUUGAGGCUCCCGCACAUAAUGUAAUAUCCUACGGUGAGGAAUUCUCCGUGACUUUUACUUUGGGGUUGUAUCAGGCUGAUCCAGAGUUCAUGGUAACAAUUGUUGCACCGUCUUUCGCUACACACUCUUUUGGCAUGAACCAAAGGCUGCUGGAGUUGUACAUUGUAGGAGUACAACGGCUCUCCGAAUUUGCUUACAAGGUGACUGUGCAUGCACCACCAACACGGAAUAUUGCACCCCCGGGUUAUUAUAUGCUGUUUGUGGUUCACCAUGGAGUGCCUGGCCAUUGUGUCUGGAUCAAAAUGCAAUGA